GGCGUCCCGGCCCCGGAGGAGGGACCCGGAAGCAGAAGCGGAGCCGCGAGUCGAGCCGAGCCGCUGCCCCCGCUGCCCGCUGGCGCCGGGUGGGGGUCCCGGCGCCUGGAUGGGCAGCGGCGGCGCGGGCCGCGGGCGGCAAUGGGCGAGGAGCAGAGCACGGUGAGCGGCGGCGGCGGCGGUGCCCCCCGGGAGACGAGCGGCCCCGCGGGCCACUCCGAACCCCCGCGGCCGUGGAGGGACAGCGCUGGGGCGCCCGGGCCGCGCCUCGCCUCGGCCGAGUCAGGCGGCGGCGGCGGAAGCGCCUUGGGCUGCACGGACACGAGCGCCCCGAAGCCCGCGAGGAACCGGGGGGCCCCGAGCUGGAGGAGGAGUUCAGAGCCGGGGCAGCCCGCGGGACUGGCGCUCAUCGGGCCCCUCAAUCCCCAGACUUUGCAACAGCAACUGGAGGAGGAGGACGAGGAGGAGGAAGCCGGGAACAGAAGAGAGGGCGGGCGUGAACAGCAAGAGGCGACCCCCGGCGUGGAGCCCGAGCCCGGGAGCCGCGCCGGGCCCAGCGAUGGGCCGGUCCUGGACGUGCUGGGCCAGCGGCGCCCGGCCCCUGCCAAGAGACACGUCUUCUGCUCGGUGUACUGCGUGGAGAACGACCAGCCCGAGGUCCCCACGGUCGAGCCGCUGUCGCCGCCGGCUUCGCCCCCUCGGGCUCCGCCGCUGCCGAACCCUCUCGGCCCCCCCGCCUCCUUCCCUAGUCCCCGGCUGCCCCUCCCAGCGGACCCCCUGUCCCCCGAUGGCGGCAGCAUCGAGCUGGAGUUCUACCUGGCGCCAGAGCCAUUCUCCGUGCCCAGCCUACUGGGAGCUCCACCCUACUCCGGCCUGGGCGGGGUAGGGGAUCCCUAUGCGCCUCUCAUGGUGCUGAUGUGCCGGGUGUGCCUGGAAGAAAAACCCAUCAAGCCCUUGCCCUGCUGCAAGAAGGCCGUGUGCGAGGAGUGCCUCAAAGUCUACUUGAGCUCCCAGGUGCAACUUGGCCAAAUAGAAAUCAAAUGCCCUAUCACAGAGUGUUUUGAAUUCCUGGAAGAAACAACUGUUGUCUAUAACUUAACACAUGAAGACUCCAUCAAAUAUAAGUACUUCUUGGAACUUGGCCGUAUCGAUUCCAGCACCAAGCCAUGUCCUCAGUGCAAGCACUUUACAACCUUCAAGAAAAAAGGACAUAUUCCCACCCCUUCCAGAUCAGAAAGCAAAUACAAAAUCCAGUGCCCCAUGUGCCAAUUCGUCUGGUGUUUUAAGUGCCACUCUCCUUGGCAUGAAGGUGUUAACUGCAAGGAGUACAGAAAAGGAGACAAAUUGUUGCGUCACUGGGCCAGUGAAAUUGAGCACGGGCAGAGGAAUGCCCAGAAGUGUCCAAAAUGCAAGAUUCAUAUCCAGAGGACAGAAGGAUGUGAUCAUAUGACCUGUUCACAAUGUAACACUAAUUUUUGUUACCGAUGUGGGGAGAGAUACCGCCAGCUCCGAUUCUUUGGAGACCACACCUCAAACCUCAGUAUAUUUGGCUGCAAAUAUCGCUACCUCCCAGAGAGACCUCAUUUAAGGAGAUUAGUGCGAGGGUCGGUCUGUGCUGGAAAAUUACUCGUUGCACCUCUAAUCCUGGUUUUGGGAUUAGCUCUAGGGGCCAUAGCUGUUGUAAUCGGUUUAUUUGUAUUUCCUAUCUAUUGCCUUUGUAAAAAACAGAGAAAACGAUCACGGACAGGUAUGCACUGGUAAAAGGCAGACAGAUGAUUUCAUCUGAAUUUUGGGUAGGAGCUCUACAGAAUGGUACACCCAUCUGUGAGUCACUUCUUGAAAAACACGGAGCGGAACCUUCUGCUGUCUCAUCGCUCCAUGGUUCUCUGCAGGCUGCAAUGCCUCUAGCUAUGGUGCACUCCCGUCAUGCAUCCUGCCCCUUUCCCUAUAUGGAUUGCUGCUUUUCCAAAUGGUCACUUUCAUAGACAUGAGACUGAGCAUCUGUAUCUUAGCUCUGACUUCUUCAUGGUUCUUUGAAGAACAUGUUUUAAUGAAGAACCAGUUAUCCUCCAAAUUGUUCUGAGCACGCCUCUCCUGAGCAUUGCUUGGACUGUGUGUGAACCCUGAGCCUCCCUCCAUGCCAUCUGGUGAGACGUGGUAGGAGUAGCUGGAGGCCCACCUGUGCGAAUAAGCAAGACCAUUUUCAGAAGACGAAGGCUCAACCUAUGCACCUAUUUUCAUCUAUGGCCCAGGCAGUACAAUUCAUUCAUUCUUCAGAGACUAUAAUUGCUAAAAAUCUCAAUGCCCCAAAGGGAACUGAUGAAACUAAAUGAAUAAGAAUCAUGAGUUAUUGAAGUAUCUGUGUAGUGGUAUAUGUUGUGUGUGUGUAUAUAUACAUAUAUUUACACUAUAUUAUAUAUAUAGUGUUAAAACUAGACCCAGUAACCUUGUACUUGUCUAGUUCCUUGCCGCUACACUAUUUUUCCACAUUUUCCUAGAGCUGUUUAAUGAUCGUUGUUCCUUUGUGGGCGUAGUUUGAUAAUAUACUGAAUUAAAGUCAAUAUAGACACCAGGCUAUUUCAUUCAAUGUUAAUUCUCUCUAUUUCUUGCUCUCUUUUUUUGUCAUAUGUACACACAGAAACUUGUGCAAUGUUACCCCAAGGGUAAUCAAACUAUGUAAACUGACAAAACUGAUAGGCUGCUUUUAGGAAAUUCUCAAUCUUCUCACAUUUCUUAUAUUUUGACCUUCGUGCUUCACUGUAUAAAUAAAUCCUUCAGGCAGGGUUAGUCAGUCCAAAGAACAACUUUAUUAAAAGGAGAAUGGCUUAAGUUUUAACAUAUCUCUAAUCUGCUAAAUUUUUUUUAUCAAAAUAUAAUUACAAAUAAUUCUGCUUUGUAUCAAGGUUUUAUAUUAUUUAAUAUCUCACCUUCUCCCUCCUUUUCUCUCUUUCUCCCUCUUUUUUAUUUGUUGCCGAGGUUUUCAUAAAGACAAAUAUGACUUUUGAAGGAUUUUUUUGUGUUUAUUGCUCAAUUGCAUAAUAAUCUGUUAUGGAGCGAUAAUUUGAAAACAAAAUUUUUUAUGUUGAUGAGUAUAUCUAAAAUACAAAUUGCUUUUAGAGAAGCAAACAAACAAAAAAAACAAAUGUAGGAAAUAUUUUCAGGAAGGUUUCAAAGCUGAGAAGUCUUUAAAAAUAAGAAAAGUUCAAGUAGUUAAACUAUGGUUUGUUUUCAUCAUGAAAAUUCAUCAUCAGAAAGGAAGACCCCUAAGAAGCCUGAAGUUUCCAGUUAUCUCCUAACCCUUAAAAUUAGCCAUCUGCCAUAGAUGUCACAUCUAUAUGUCAGCAACAUUGUCUGACUUGAAAUGGGUUAUGCUAUAAAACAUGCAUUAACAUGGAUAGCUUGUCUUUAUUGGACUUCAGAAAAUGAGAACAUUUGCCAUUUUUGUUUGAUCUAAAAAGUCCAUGGUAGAGGUGUUUACUUCCAUGAUUAACAAGGCAGCAUGCUUCCGCAUUCUUUCUGAAUAACACUCAAAAUAGCUAAACCACAGCUCUGGACUAGUUGUCUAAUUCCAGGUGGAAGAGAGCAUGCCAUAUAUGGUUCAGGAAUAGCAUGUUUUUGAAGUGUAGCAUGAUGUAAGAAAAAGUGAGGCUCUAGUUUUCAUGAAUUUAUCUUAGCAUUCCUCCAUUCAUCCAUCCACCCAUCCACCCAUUCAUGCAACAAAUAUUUGAGUGCCUGCUCUAGGUGCUCUGGUAUUAAGAGCGGAAGAGGGAAACUUUGUAGCUUAAAUCCAUGAAUUACUGUCAUAAAAGUGCUUAAUUUUUGUGAAUAUGUCUGUCCUGGACUUAGGCCUUAGUUUUGUGAUAUAUGAAUAUGAUCAAUUCUAUAUCUAGUGAAUAUGUGUAUAUAUGUUAUGCAUAUAUAUGUACAGAAAAUAUUUCCAUAGCUGCAUAUGAAAACAUAUGCUACAUACAUAUAUACCAUCUGGUUGAAUAAUAUGCUUUUUGGUCUUAGAUAAUCUAUUUUCUUAGGUUAUUGUGUUUGUUGUCUUUGGCCUACUCAGGGAUUUUUAUUCCUUUCUUUAAAUAACUUAUCUUUUGGAAAUAUUUUUAUAUUAUUUAAAACUUUUCCAAUAUUCCAAUUACAAAGCCAGGUCUGUUUAUCAAGCAGUAAAAGUUAUUCCAUCAAUGUUUGAAAAUAGUGUGCAUUAUCUUGCACAGGAUUUUCAUUUUUCUAUUGCAUAGAUUUUUUAAAAAUUAAUAUAUACAUUUUUCUCUUUAAAAGUUGACAGAUAGUAGGCCUUUCCCUGCUGGUGGAUUAAUAUAAUUAUUGGUGAAUUUUUUGCUUAAAAUAAUCAUUGGUGAAUUUUUUACUGAGUUUCAUCAAGAUCUUAAAAGAGGGACAAAAAACAUAAAAGAUUAUUUCUACGUUAGUGCCAACAUUGAAGGUAAAACUAUAAUAGUAACUUUAGACAAAGAAGCAUGCAUGUAAAAUAUCUUUCUAUCCUAGGCUUGCUAUUUUUAAUAUGUUUUUAUUCUAAAUUUGAUAUAUACUGCUUUUAAAAAACAAAACCAUACAGUAGUAUAAAAUACACGUUCCUCUGCUUGCCCCACCCCUUGUUUGCUAGGGGUAACCACUGUCUAUGGUUUCAUAUGUGUCUUUCCAUAUCAAGACCCUUUCUACAAAUCUGUUAGUAUGUGUGUGGUUAUGUGUGUAUCAGUUUUAUACAAAUGGAAUAAUAUUCUUAUUGUCCUGUGACUAUUUAUCAUUUUAUUGUAUGUAUCAUAUAUCAAUGGACACUUUUCCAUAAGAGUUUAAAUAGAUUUACCUCAUUCUUUCGUACAUUACUGCAUAUUCCAUUGUGGAAUUAUAUGUCCUUUAUUGAAUGGACAUUGAGAUUGUUUUCACUUGUCUUAUUACAAACAAAGUAACAGUGAUGAUCCCUUUAGAUAUUCUUUUCACCCUCAUGUGAACAUUUCCAUAGGUUCUUAAAUUUGGUUUCUGCUAGAUAUUAGUAACAAAUGUAAUGUUUUUCAGUGAAUGAGAUCAUAGAAAUAAUGUAUUUGAGAUCUUUCUUUGGAGGAAAAAGAAAAGAUUCUAUAGGAGUGCUUAAUUUUUAAAGAAAAGCAUCUUCUGCAAGAUAAUUUCCUCUGCUUAUUUAGCCAAAUAAAUACUUUGCCAAAAAUUAUAAAAUAAAAUUAAUUUUUUUUCCAAUAGAAAUAAAAGGUGAUGUCUAUAAGAAGAUGUGAGAAAUAUACAUUGACUUAGGGAUGGUCUAGUUUUAAAACUUGAGGGAUUUAAAUGAAACAGCCAAGCCAAGUUGAUUGAUGUUUUUCUAUUUUUUAAACACUAUCCAUGUUCAUGCAUGUUGCUUCACAAAGGAACUUAAUUAUGCCCAUGUGAAAAGGAGGAAGUACUAUGUUGGCAGUCUUGAAUACCCACAAUUAUCCAUAGAAAAAUAAAUUGGACCGUAAAUAAGGUUUGGUAGUUUGUUGGCUAUUUAUAAAAUAUGGAAUGAUCUGAAAUCUUCAUUUUGCAAAGACUCCCUACAGUUCCCUCGGAACUUCUGAAUGGGCAGUUAAGAAGAGGAGAGAGGUCAGACCUUUGAGUACAAGCAACAUCGUAUUGCCAACACCUUGAUUUGAUUUCCUGAUAGGUGCUAUGGUAUCAGAACAGUAGAUCACACAGGAAAACAAUCAGAGGUAAUUAAACACCAGUCGGGUUACAACAUGAUAUCUUUAAUUAUAGGUUCUCUGCUGUGGUGUCAGGAUUCAGUGGCACCUGUCAUGAAAUUCUCGGCCUUAUGCCACUCACCAUCUCUUGAGUCCUAAGGACUGAGUGGAUCUGUAUCUUUCCCGCCACCCAAAUUUAUGACCCAUCGCUCCCCUACUCUGGUAGACCAAAAAUACCUACAAACUGCUGUAAUCUUCCCAGCCCCUUGGUGCCCUCCCCAGCCUCAUCUGUCUCCAUCCCUCUGCUACUCUAACUAGCUCCUCCUCACUUAAAAGAGGGCAAGAGACCAAUCAGAGGGAGUGAAAAGCUCACUCUGGCGUGUGCAAAGCCUCAGUGUCCAUUCCUGGCCAUGGUCCAAUUAGAGUACAUCAACCCAGACAUGCAUCCAGCAUCUCCCUUGUUAAACAAAUAGUUUUGUCUUACAUUAGACAUAGAUGCUGUCUGUUAAAUUUAUAAUUAUGAAAAAUGUUAGUGGCCUCAAUAACACUCAUUGGUAUGCUCUGUUAAGUACAAAGAUAAGAAAAUUCACACCGAAAGCCAUAUUUCGAUGUUUAACUUUAUAAGCAAGCUGCACGUAUGCCUUUAUGUGACUCUUCACAUUGGAUUGUGUGCUUAUACUUGCAUAUUUGUGGCUGAGAUCUAAAGUAACUUUUCCUGUGUUCAGCUGUGUUGUUUUAAGAUCUGUUAUAAAUGUAGCCUUAAAAGUCAAUGAUGCACUUUAAAAUAUUUGUGCCAUUUAAGUGACUUAAUGGCAAGGUUAAGGCAACCAAUAUACGUGUAUAUAUAUAUUUCAAUGGAGAAAAUAGAAUAAUAGUGUUAGCAAAUAUGGGUCACCUCUUUAUAUUUGGGGGUAAAUCAGAAACAUACCUGAGAAAUGUAGCAGAAUUUCUGAAAAUUAUAAUAAUCCUGGAAAAUUGUAUCAAGAGCUCAGAGUAAAUAAUAAUUAACAAGUUUUACUUAGUCUAGUGGGAAUGUUUGACUAAAAUAUAAAGUUAAUUUCUGCUGAAAACAGCAUUUUUCUGUUUCAUGAAAUCUAUAAAGGAAGUUUCCCUUACUAGAAACAUGAAAAAUCAAAACUGCCACCAUUAGCUAGUUUUUGAGCACAUUUUGUUUUCUCAAGUCAUUAUAAUUUAAUUACAACAAUUUUCUCUUUCUGUGAAUAAGUUCCAAAAUAUAUAAUUUUUAUACCCAAAAUUAUUACUUUGAUGAAACAGAAAAAAUUACAGAAGCACUAGAGUAUAGUCUGAGUAAAAUUACAGACACCUCAAAUUUGGGGAGCAUUCAACAUUACUUUGGAUGCAAACCAAUGACCCAUACCUUUCAGGAAUCCCUUUCAAUGGAAUACCUUGGGACUCUGGUUUGGAGGACCAGACUGUCCUAAUUCAAAGCCAACUAUCAUGUGGGGCGUCUAUUGUCUGUUACUGUCAUGAGGCCAGAACUUCAGUUGACUUUAUCCAAAUCCAUGUAACAGAGUCACAUUAGAGAGAGGCUGUUAGAAUUGUCUAUUUGGAGAAUAUAUCAUGUACCUUCUAGAUCCCCAUACAUAUUGCCGAUUUUAGUAACAUGUAAGUAUGUGUAUUACAACUUGACUCUUUUGAAGAAGUAGACAUUCUUGCUAAAGAAGUGACUUCAAGAAUAAUAAUAUGAAUUUAAAAGGCAAUAAAUUAUUUAAACACAC